GAGCGUGUGGGCGAUGUUGAUGGUUGAGCUCGUGUACCCGUUGAUAUUGGAUCUGCAUGAAAGAACGGGUACCUUCGCGAAUUGCGAGCAGUGUCAGCGCGCAGCCUCUUCGGUGAUGAGCGCAAACCUUUUGCUCUUCAAGACCGUGAUUGCGGGAGAUAGUUGGGGUCUCAUUGCCGUGCCGGUGAUCGAGGAAUUCCCAGCCACCGCGAUCAUCUUUGUGGGCUCCCAGCUGACACUUGUUUUCGGCGUCUUGAAUCUCAUUGUCGCCGUCGUAGUCGACACUUUUGCAGAGCUUCGCGACCGGGAUAUACUCAACCGGGCAGAGGAAAUGGAGCAAGAGAUUGAGCAAGACAAGAAGUUCUUGCAGAAGAUUUUUGAACGUGCUGACGAGGAUGGAAGUGGCGAGCUGACGUUGGAAGAGUUGAAGGAGGGCGCCAAAAAGGACCCCGAGUUCCAGAGCCGCCUGAGGGUGAUGGACAUCGACGAGACGGACCUGCAGCAACUCUUCCAGAUGAUCGACACCGACGGUUCCGGGGCUGUGGAAGCGGAGGAGUUCAUCCAGCCACUUAGUCGCUGGGUUCAUGAAUCCAAGACCGCGAACCGCUUCAUCAAGUACAACGUCAUGCGCUCGCUGCGGCAAAACGAAGAGUUGUGGAACUACAGCCAAACCAAGUUUGACCAGCUGAACAGCCACAUGAGUCGGAUUGCGACUUCGCUGGGUGUUCAACUGGAUCAUCGGCGGCCGUCCAGGCACAAGCGGAACUCCACCAAGAGUUUGCGUUCCAGUUUGGGCACCAGCGAGGAUAAGGCUGAGAAGGCCGAGAAGGAGCACCUGAAUAAUGUCUACCGGCAUCACAAGCACCGGCACCAGCACGCGGUUGAAGCGGGGCGUUCCAUCUCUGACCGCCUCAUUGCUCUGGAGGACCAGCAGAAAAGAUUGGUGAGCUCCCUCACAAGUUCUGAUCCAGAGCUCGCGGCAAGAUCCGGCUCCUCCUUGCUGCAAGAUCCCACGCAGUCCAUCAGUGUGGCAUCCGACUUCAUGGGAAAGAGUUGGUCCCUGCGAAGCGACCUGAGAGGUGGGGAGCAAGUCGCCAAGGCCAAGGAGGCUGAGUCGCCGCCAGCGCCGGCGCUGGGCCAUGUGGACCUUGACAAGGCCGAGGCAAAGCACGCCCUGAAAAUAUUGAAAGCCAACAAGUCAGAGGUGGAAGGAGUCAUCGAUUUCUCCGGCCUCAAGGAUGUUUCCAAGCUCAAGAGAAAGUGGCAGGGGAGCAGCUUGGAUGUGGGUGCCGGCAGCGGCGACAAAGAAGAACAAGCCGUCUCGAGGGAAGGCUCAUUCUUCCGGCAGACGAACCGCUCCAGUAUCAUUGAGCUUGACUCCAUGCUGCAGGGUGCCAUGGAGACCGUGGAGCACUUGCUCCUGGACGCCACAGCAGCCGCGUGUGUGCGUGUGGAGCAUGUCCUGCGCAUGCGGCUACAGGGCCUUGCCGCACAAGGCACGGAGGUCAACAGCCCCGACAGCCCCGCCAGCCCCAAGUCCGCCAAGUCCGAGACGUCGGAAGCCGAGUUGCCACAGCGGAUCCAAAAGAAGUGCUUCGAGUCUGUGACAUCUCCAGGUCCGAGUCUUCCACGGGCUCAGCCGGUGGAGCUGGAGGUGCUGAACGACUCGGGCCAGCUACCUGCACCUCCACCACACCAGCGGCUGCGCAGCUUGGAUGAGCCGCCUGGCGGUCCCAGGCCGCUCGGGAUAUAGCUCGCAAGCAAUGCUUGCACCUCGGCCUUUUUCCUAGACUCGGAGGACGUCGAAAACGCGCGUAGAAUUCAGUCUCACCUGAAAAGACGAGACAGACGAUAUCCGCCUUUGUACCAAAAGGCGAUAUCCGUCUUGUUGUUUUCCAGGGUAGCAUGUAUAUGCCACACGGGCUAGUGCCAGAAGGGCGGGCCGUCGAGGCCCGAUGUUUCCUUGGUGGAAAUCAAGCGAAGUCACAUGCCUCUGCCGAACGGCAAGAGC